UGUCGACAAUACCCGCAUAAAGGACUUUGGCCCUGAUAGAUGCAGUGCAGAAUGGAUUAUAAAGACAGGUGGAAAGAUACGGUGGGCAGGCACCACCAGGUUUGAAGACAAUUACAAUUCUUUGCCACCAGAACAGGACAGAAGCUACAAGUUGGAGGAAAUCAAUGCUGACAAUUCUGAGAUCAUGGGAAUGGGAUUUGCCAAUUUCAGAGGUAUAAAAAAUUUGAAAAAAUUGAUGAUGAACAACUGUAAAUAUUUGGAUGAUGAAGGCAUGUUUUAUCUGGAGGAGCACACUUCUGACUGCCUGGAACACUUAGAGUUCAGCCAUUGUAAGGUGACAGAGGCAGGCCUGCAGCACCUGACUCACUUAAGAAAAUUAAAAGUUUUAAAAGCCCACCAUCUGUCUGGUGUAAAGAAUCCUGAGGACAUCGAAAAGAAUAUGCAAUCAGCCCUACCCUCCUGUGAUGUCAGUAUCAAAUAAUGAAGUCCAAAUGUCAAGGUUUUCUUGGGUUUUCAAAGAUUGGUUAACCUCACUGUGUAGAGUCAGCACUGUGCAUUUUUAGGACGGGAGCAUGAUAGAUGGUGAGAGAAGAGGACAAGAGAUCAUGGUGUGAAGGUUUAACAAAAAUUAGGAAGAUUUUGCAUUGUGAUAUGUGAAUUACAUAAAAAAACUGUGAGCCAAGCACUUGUUUUGCCCCGAAAAUUUCUAGAAUGUACAACUGCACUUACUGCACAAGAUGACUUUUGUGGCAAAACACCAUGAAUAUAUUCUAGAUUACACGCACUGUGAAACUUUUCAUUCAACAAUUGUUUUGGUGCCAAGAAGAGAGGAUUUGACGUAAGUGUUUUUUACAUGCCAGCAAGUUGUCUAAAUUAGAGGUCACGCUGAAACAACUAUCACACUGCAUUAUUUAUAAUACUGUGAUGCAGUGCCUGAUAUUGUCUUAUAAAUAUGAUUCACAUCAGAAAUGUCUUCGCACGUGAUUGUCCAUAGACCUCAAACAUUGUAUUUGUAUAGCCUGGUGACAUUGUCAACUGCCAUUCCUAAUUGCAGAAAUUUUGUUUGUGACAUCAGCUCAAAAGUUUGAAAUGAUAAUCUUUAUAUUGAAUGUAAAAAAGUGAUUUUUGUGAUGAUGAAAUAUAACAAAAUUACCACAA